AUGUUCUCAAUGCCUGCUGAGCAGGCUAGAGCUCUCAUCGGCAGACUGAUAUGCUUCAGAUCAGGCAACAACAGGCCAAGAAUUGUGCGCACCGUCAGGAUGGCGUUUGCUGGGACAAAUGUCAGUUUGUCCCAGCCGGAUAUAACGCAAAAACUGACGGAGCGCAUAGAUGAUCUGAAGCAGAGAAUCGCUGCUUGGGGAAAGCGGAUUCGGCGAUAUACCGAGAGGUCGACACGGUUCAACCAGAAUCGUCUCUUCCAGAGUGAUCACAAGAGGCUCCAUGAAUCAUUGGAGCGACCAAUGGUAAGUGGAACGGGUCCAGCACCGAAUCAGGCCGACAUUGUAGCAUUCUGGCGCGGCCUGUGGUCAGAGCCCGUAAACCACAGCGAGGGCCCUUGGACGGAAGUUGUGGCGAGUCAGUGUGCGGGUAUUACGCCCAUGGACCCCGUCAUCAUAACGCCGGAUGACGUAGCUGAGGCGGUUCGUAGGGCCCCGAACUGGAAAAGUCCGGGGCUUGACGGGCUGCAUCACUACUGGCUGAAGGGGUUCAUGGUGUGUCACUCUGUGCUCGCCCGACAGUUUCAAGAGGCUCUCAACCAGAAGUCGCUCCCAAGCCUCUUCACUACUGGGAUCACUCAUUUAGUUCCUAAAGACCAGGGUACCACAGACCCGAGCAAAUACCGCCCCAUCACAGAGGAUUUGAAGAAUGAUAGCCCUCAAACUGGGUUUCUUCUUUACCUGCUAAGCAGCCCUGAGUCUCGAAAUUAG